CACCAGUCAUUGUGGCGGACUCUCAGAGAACGAACGUGGUUGGCACAAUGUUGUUGUUUACUGUUGUUAUUUUGUGUUUGGCAAAUCAUAUUGCCGGUCACACUGCAGGCAAAGCUCCCGUGUUGAAUCUCAACGAUGGAUGGAUAAUGCCUACUUUUGGUCUUGGCACGUGGCUCGGUCUAGAUCAAAAGGGUGGUUUUGUUCAAGUGGAAGAUAAUUCAGUGGAGAAAGCGGUGGAGGAAGCGAUAGACGCCGGCUACAGACACAUCGAUACAGCUGCCUUGUAUGAUACUGAACCUCAGGUUGGACGCGCUAUUCAGAAGAAAAUAGACGAAGGAGUAAUUUUGAGGGGAGAUAUUUUUGUUACUACAAAGCUUUGGAACGACCAGCAUGCCAAAGAGAAGGUGCCAGAAGCUCUCAAAGCUUCACUUAAGAAGCUGAACAUGGACUUUGUAGAUUUGUACCUUAUCCAUUUCCCUGUUGGAACUUACGCUAACAACACACCAGACAACACAGACUAUCUAGACACGUGGCGUGCGUUGAUCGACGCGCGCGCGCAGGGCCUCACGCACUCGAUUGGUGUGUCCAACUUUAAUGUCAAACAAAUAGAAAGACUGAUCAAUGAGACCGGUGUUGUACCGUCUGUGCUGCAGAUUGAGCUGCACCUCAACCUCCAACAACCGGAGCUCCUCGCAUACUGCAAACAACACGGUAUUACCGUCAUGGGCUACACUCCCUUCGGGGCCCUGUUCCCGAGCAAGGCGCGGCCCGGCGCCCCCCCGCCACGAGUCGACGAUCCGGCCCUGGUCGAUAUAGCCAAGAAGCAUAAUAAGACAGUGCCGCAAGUUGUGUUGAGAUAUUUGUUCGAACUAGGCGCUGUACCAAUCCCAAAGUCCGUGAAUCCAAAGAGAAUCGAAGAAAACAUAAACAUAUUCGACUUCAGGCUAACAAAACAUGAAAAAGAAGUGUUAAAAACUUUCGACAGUAACUACAGAUUGACAGUCAUACCACAGUGGGCGAAUGACCCUAACUAUCCGUUUUAAGUAUUUUAUGUACCUAUUAAAUUAUAUUGUGUGAA